AUGGAGCAAAAGCAUCAGCUUGCCCUUGCUGAGGGUCCUUUAUUUGAUGAUCCUGAGCGUUAUCGGCGUCUCAUAGGACGAUUGAUCUAUUUGGUGAUGAGUCGCCCAGACUUGGCAUAUGUUGUGCACAUUUUAUCUCAGUUUAUGCAGGCGCAAAAAGUGGUACAUUGGGAUGCUGCACUUCAUGUGGUGCGCUAUUUGAAGAAAAAUCUGAGACAAGGUAUUCUGUUUCGUUCGGAUAGUGCUCUUUGCCUUGAGGGGUGGUGUGAUUCUGACUGGGCUAGUUGCCAUAUUACCCGACGGUCUUUGAGUGGAUGGUUUGUUCUGCUUGGUUAUUCUCCGAUUUCUUGGAAGACUAAAAAGCAACCUACCGUUUCUCAUUGA